AUGGAUAUUUCUCCCGUGAUCUUGAUUUAUGUGUUUCGGUUUCUGGACCUUAGCGAUUUGGCUAGGGCCGCUGGAACUUGUUUUGUGUGGUGGAAUGUCAUCAAGAGGUAUCGCCUGAUGGAAAACGAUUGGGAAGAACUGGAUCUGUCGGGAACAGGAAAGCUAUAUUGUUGUAUACCACGGAAAGCAUUCAGAUCACUCAGAUACUUAAAUCUGGCCUCGACGCAGUUGUCAAGUCGCCAUUUGCAACAGGUGAUGAUGACUGCUACAUAUUUGGAACGUCUGGAUAUCUCCAAUUGUCCCAAACUGGACCAAAUUGCCAUUUUCAAAGCCAAGGAACACAUGCAAGAACUACUACACAUCGCCAUUUCCGGUAAUAGGCAAUUCACGAUUCUGGUUAUUGCGUGUUUGUGCUCCUGUCCAGAGCUCGUAACAAUUGAGGCACAUGGACUAGAGUUCAGUGCAGAAGAGCUAUUAUUUCUUUCGAAAACCUUUGAGUCUGCAAGAAGCGGCAGUUUACAAAUAGAAACGGAUGAAGGCUACGAUGCUUUGUGUAUAACGAAUAUCUUCGAACGUGAACUUUUUGAAUAA